CGAUUUCUCUGUCUUAGGCUUUUCUCUAACGAAGGUCGAGACGGUUGAGGCUGUUGCCAUCAGAUGACGCCCAAAGUUAAAUCCCGUUUGGUUGCAUUCCAUAGUCCACUGUUAGUGGACGCCAAGCAUCUGUGGUACACGUUCGGUUCGUACUCAGAUUUUGUGUAUUCUUUUCCCAGUGAUGUAUACUUGUUGUAUAUAGAUUAAAAAAUGGAGUGAUGCGGUAGUAAACUCCAUUACCUUGAGUGUCAAGAAACUUCAGGUCUGAGCGGUGAAUCUCGGCGGAUUUGAAGAUUUUUCAUACAUGUACAAAAAAAUCGGCUCACUCCAGUAAACUACGAGGAAUAUGUGAUGAUGCGGCCGAUGUCCUUCGUAUACGUUGUUUUCGGGGUAUUACUGUCUUUAAUGAAACACUCUUUGGCUGGAGACUUGGGCAUGUCGUUCAACAGACACCCUGAGCCAAUAGCUGCACCUCUGGGCGAUGAAGUCUACUUUGAAUGCAGCCUCAAUUUGCCAGCUGAAAAAUUUUUUUGGCGACACAAACCUCUGAAUUCCGAUCACUGGGGACCCUUGAUUCAGUCUGAAGAUAUCGGAGCCAAAGCGUCCAGACAUGUUGUUUACUUUGAUGAGAAGUCAAGAGCUGGGGAUUAUCAGUGUAUAGCCUAUUACGGAACCAGUGGGCUGGCAUCAGAUCCAGCGAGAUUAAGCCUCGCCACGCUGGAAGAUUUCGUGGAAGAAGAGAAUGAAGAGCUGCAGGUUACAGCAGGGAAUACAGUACCCAUUACUUGUCCGGUGUCUUAUUCGUGCCCUCAAGCAAUUGUAGAAUUUUACAAAAACAACGACAUUAUAAAAGACGUUGUUUUUACGGGCGGCAACACAAUGGUGUUGACAAAUAUUUCUAUGGACGACAAUGGCCAGUAUCACUGUGUGGCUAACAAUGAUAUUUCAUCCCAGAUGUAUACAUCUCGGCGCAAGACUAUUUUAUCAGUACUUGGCAGUGAUAGGGCUCAACCGCCGUAUUUUAUUAAACAACCACAAUUCGAGUAUAGAGUAUUGCCUGGUAAAAAUGUAACCUUGGAAUGUUUUGGAGCUGGUAGUCCUGUACCUCGUGUGACUUGGAGUAGAAUUGGUAAUCACCUGCCAUCCAAAGUAAGGGUCACUGCCGCAGGGCUAAACAUACAUAACGUGCAAAUCGCAGAUAACGGGCAGUACCACUGCAUCUGGAAGAAUGAAUACGGUGACAAACAGUGUAAAAUAUCCUUACACGUCGUAGAGCGUCCCAGAGUAACCAAACCAUUGAAAAUAUCAACGGCCUCGGAGGGUGGUGACUUGGAAAUAUUCUGCAGUGUGUCUGGUAUCCCUGAGCCAGUCAUAGAAUGGUUAAUUAAUGGUGAAUUUCUACCUCGAGAUAAAAAUCAAGAUUCUAGGUCAUUGUACAUAUCUCCGGUUGAGAAGAAACAUGCCGGUAUAGUUCAAUGUGUCGCCAGUAAUGAAUAUGGUUCGGACUCCGGUUAUGGUUUACUGAGGGUCACACCAAAACAGCAUUUGAGCGGGGCAGCAGAAUCAAGGUCGGAUAAUACACACAGCUCGAGUCCCAAUCACCGUGAACACACAAGAAUCGGUGGCAGAAGGCGGCCCAUCAAGGAAGGGAAACGUAAGGGAAAUGCAUUGAUGGUGCCGCCAAAUCAGCCAAACGUCACACGGCUUUCAGACGUCUCUGUUAUGGUGAGGUGGUCGGUACCAGAGAAUAAUGGUCUGCCGAUUGAAUUUUUCAAAGUUCAGUACAGAGAACUGGGACAAAAAAUGAAUAGAAAGCAAGGAAAAUGGAUGACCGAUACGAUGGUGAUACCGAAACAUGUGCGUUCUUUUGAAGUAACCGAUUUACAGCCAAAUCAUACUUACAAAUUCCGAAUAGCAGCCGUAUAUUCGAACCAUGACAAUAAGCUUAGCAGUAACUCGGUGAAGUUCCUCCUGAACCGCACUUCAGAUGUCAAGGCACCCAAACUGCCCGUCCCAAUAUUGAUAAACACAGAGGCUGUGGGACCACACGAAAUACUACUCGUCUGGAAUAUUGAGGAUACGACGGCAAAAAUAGAUGGUUUUAUCGUUCACCAUAGAGCGACUACAUUUGCUGGAAAGUAUAUCAAGACCACAGUUGAAGGAAGAACAGCAAACUCAACAACGAUUUCACACUUGAACCCCGAUACAGCAUACGAGUUCAAGGUUCAGAGUUUUUCUAUCGCUGCUGGGUCAGAAUAUUCACAAAUUCUCAAACAGAAGACACUGCCACUUCCAACCGAAUCUCCUGUACAGCAAGUGAUUGCUGAGAAUACAUUGAAAUCUGCAGAAAUCAACAAAACUGGGAGUUUGUUCGCGAUUGUUGGGGGCGGGUUCGGAGGAGUAGCUAUUUUAGCUGCCCUAGCCGCUGUAACUAUUCUUUACAAGCGAUGCAAACGUAAACAAAAUCUGGAAUCCCCACAAGGCCUAGAUAAAGCAGUGGCUAAUGGAAGAGUUGCCAAUGGAGGUAUACCAGAUUCUAAGAUCAACAUUACACCAAAUCCACUAGCUAGUCUUGAUACUCCUGAAGAUACAAUUCCCAAGAACGGACAACAAUCAACAAUGGAAAUGGCUUCAUUUUUAAAUGGUCAAAACAACAACAGCCACAACAAUGGAGACGCAACAGUGCAGGGUAAUACCGUGGGAGAACCAUCACUAGGACCUCCGGCUUCAAACGAACAGCCUCUAUGAAUUCUGCAAUUCUCAUAAAGAUUUUUUCUAAUAACAUCAUUUAAAAUUACUGGAAUACUAAAAAAAAUGAAAUAACGGACGUGCAUUUACAUACAGGAGUACCACCAGAACUACCACACCAGUCAAAGUGACUGAUCUUAAAAGAAUCGGAUUAAUCGUAAAUAUUUAUAUCAAUCUGAUAUAAAAAUAUUUCAUUGAUACAUAUCUUUUAACAACCAGUCAUUUUUAAUGAUUUUGGUAAGAAUAGCGUAGUUUUAAUUCCGACAGUUCUAGUGUUAUUUAUUUAUUGGUGAGCAUGAGUGCGGCUGACGCAGCCGAUCUACUUGGAGUUGCAACAACGAAUAAAUGACCUCGUAGAACAUGUCAUAAAAAAAAUUGUUAAAAUUUUAGAUGCAGCUGCUGUUAUUCCAGGCUUUAUCACAAUUGCUUGCAAGAUGCUUCACAACGCAAAAUUAUAGUCUUAAUUUAUUUUCAUUUCAAGUUAAUGGCAAAGACGGCUCGUGCUGAUCUUCCCUUUGUAUCCCUUGCAUUUCCAUCCCCGCCUGCAUUUCCUUAUACACCCAUAAACUGUCCCAUCUUUGGCAUUCUUUUUCGAAACCUGACAAAAUUGAACAUAACAUAUGGCAAUUACGAGACUUAGAAUAUGUGCUGGUUUAUCACAUUAUACUACGCACAAAACUAGUAAUAAUAAUUAUUAAUUUAUUUACACGUUAAAAGUAUUAUUCGAUAUUAACGGUAAAGAGAAGAUAAUAAAGUGUUCACCCGAAGAGAAAAGAAAAAUGCGAUCACGUUCCGUUCUCUUGUAAUCAGGUACCGCGGACGCAAACUAUUAAAAAAAUGAUUGUCUGAA